UUAUUAUGCAAUAUAACGAAGCAUUUUCUCUUUCUCUCUUUUAAAGUAGAAACAGAGAGGAAAAUGCAGCGUUAAAAGUGGCAGCUAUGCGGCAGCUCCUAAGAGAACUAUGGCAACGUCAGGUGACUGCCCCGGAAGCGAACCUCAGGAGGGAGAAGCCGCCGUGCAGCACUGUGAGGAGGCCGUGCACCCCGAGGAGUUCGUGGCCAUCGCAGACUAUUCUGCCACCGACGAGACACAGCUCAGUUUUCUGAGAGGAGAGAAGAUUCUCGUCCUGAGACAGACAACUGCCGACUGGUGGUGGGGCGAGCGUGCCGGCUGCUGCGGGUACAUCCCCGCGAACCACCUGGGCAAGCACCUGGAGGACUGCGACCCCGAGGACACAUGGCAGGACGAGGAGUAUUUCGGCAGCUACGGGACCCUGAAGCUCCACCUGGAGAUGCUGACGGACCAGCCACGGACAACUAAGUACCACCACGUGAUCCUGCAGAACAGAGAGUCCCUCCGGGGCAAGGUGAUCCUGGACGUGGGCUGCGGGACCGGCAUCAUCAGCCUCUUCUGUGCGCAUCACGCGCAGCCCAAAGCGGUGUAUGCAGUGGAGGCCAGCGAGAUGGCGCAGCACACGGGCCAGCUGGUCGUGCAGAAUGGUUUCGCCGACAUCAUCACCGUGUUCCAGCAGAAGGUGGAGGACGUGGUGCUGCCGGAGAAGGUGGACGUGCUGGUGUCGGAGUGGAUGGGGACCUGCCUGCUGGACGAGGUCUUUGUAAGAACAAAGCCCAUAAGGACACUGUAAACUAUGACCUACCUACGCAUUGCUAGAAGGUAAGUGAAGCUGUAAAGAAUUGCAGCUUAUAUGACAAAGGCUGAUGUCCUUAGUUCAGAAAGGCCCCAACAAGAAAGCACACGACGAACAACGCAAGAAGGUGGGCCGGGGGCCUGAGAAUGCAGAAGGCCAGACUGUGAACAGUGUUCAGUGUCACUGAUGAUCCAAGAAGUAGCUUCAGUAUUUCUGAGCCGUGACACUGGCUGAGAGACCACCUGCCAUCCGGUGACACCCGUGUGGAGGUUCUGGGGAGACUUCCCCACUCCCCUACUUUGGCAGCAUGUGCUGGUGUAGCUUUUUGAAGGCAAAUAGAGUAGAAGGUAUCAAGAAGCACUGAAAAUUAUUAAGUGAAGUUAUCUAAGGAGAUAAUCAGAUUGGUACACAAAUUCAUGCUAAAAAACGUUCAUGGCAACACCAUUUAAAAUGGAAGGAAAUUGGAAAAAGUAGGAAUAACUGGCAGUUCCUAAAGAAUAAUUUGUUGCCAUUAAAAAUUAUGUUUUAGACACAUUCUUAAUAAACUUAGAGAAAACUUGGUGACUGUUGGGUUAAAAGAAUAAGCACAAAAAGUAUCGCGGUCUUACUGCGAUUUUGUUUUUAAAAUUACGUUUGGUGGUGACCAGCCUCAGUUCCCGGUGACAGAGAGGAAGCACACUCCGCCACCCCCCCACUGACCACACGGCAGGCGCGGGGCGAAGCACCGGCCUGGCCCUGAGUUCACCACGCUCCCUUCUCUGGUUCCUUCUCCACAUACACAACUUCAGCGACUUAGAGGAAAAGGGCUGCCGACCUUAGAAAGGAAAGUCAGUUAUUUUACCAGCGGUUACAGGUUUAUUUAAUAACGGCAAAUAAUUGAAACUCUGGACCAGCAAGACCAGCAAGCGAUAGCAAAGCCACAGGCAAGUCCAACAAACAGGGGAGAGGAACAUUGUUUUAAGAAGAAAAAGGAGGAAGUUAGAGGGGUUGAUGUACUGUACAAUAAUUUUAAAAUUAAAAUUAAAAGUUACAUA